GGAUGCAGCAUCGGCCUGCCCAGCUCGCAGCUCCGGGGCGGGGCGGAAGCGAGCCCCGGCUCCGAGGAGACCGGCGGCAGGCGCGGCAUGGCGGCGAGGCGGUGCCCACCUCGUGCCCUCCCUCCUGUGCCAAGUGGAAAUCAAGAUGAAAUUCCACUCAGUCGUCAAAAAAAAAAGAAACCUAAAGGAAAGAUUCCAUUAGAUGGCAUUGUGCAAGCAGCAGUUCGUCGACAGUCUGAAAGCAGUGAGCCCCUAACUCCUGAACCUCAGGAUGUCCCUCCUCAGAGGAAACGCAAAAAGAAGAAAGUACCUGUUGAUUCUGAGACCUCUUUUACCCAGCAAAAUGUUGCAUCCCUAUUUCAGAAUGGAAAUGGCAUGGAUGUCCCUGAGACUGAAGAAACAGUGAUCCGCAGACAAAGAAAAAGAACAAAGAAACCUAGGCCAGCUGAAAUGCAUGGUUCCAAUGAGCUGGAAGUGGAGGAGGAAGACAUCAUUGAAGAUGAGCACAGCAGGAGCCCUGAUCAGCAACCUGUGUUUGCUGCUCCCACUGGAGUUAGCCAACCUGUGAGCAAAGUGUUUGUUGAAAAAAAUCGGCAUUUUCAGGCAGCUGACCGUGCAGAAUUGAUUAAAACCACUGAAAAUAUCAAUGUACUUAUGGAUAUGAAGGCUUCGUGGACUACCAGAGAUGUUGCCCUCUCAGUGCACCGAAGUUUCAGGGUGAUUGGACUCUUUACCCAUGGCUUCCUUGCUGGCUACGCUGUGUGGAACAUCAUUGUUAUCUACAUUUUGGCAGGAAAUCAGCUUUCCACAGUUUCUAACCUGCUUGAGCAGUAUAAGGCACUAGCAUACCCAGCUCAAAGUUUGUUCUAUUUGUUGCUGUCUAUCAGUACAGUCUCAGCCUUUGACAGGAUUGAUUUGGCAAAAGCAUCAGUUGCACUGAGGGGCUUUCUUACCCUAGACCCAGCAGCAGUAGCCUCUUUCUUGUACUUUGCUGCUCUUAUCUUAUCCUUAAGCCAGCAGAUGACAUGUGACAGAAUUAACCUCUACACACCACCUUCAGAAAAUGGCAGCAUCUGGACGGCAGGUACAGAGCAAGAAAUUGUUCAGCCAUGGGUUGUGGUGAAUCUGGUAGUGUCUAUUCUAGUUGGGACAAGUUGGAUUUUCUUGUCUUACCGACCAGAGCUAGACCACAGUGAAGAACUGAUGUUUCAUGCUGAAAUCAAGGAAUUUCCUCAGGGAGAUAGCUUACCCAGAGUCCCGCCAUAGUGUGGAACAAGCAUCUGAAAAUCUUGUAGCUGUGACUGAUGACUGAACAUGUUGUGUAUUAUAGCCAUGUAUGAUAACUUUCAUAAAGAAGAAAAAUGUAUUUUUAUAUUGUAUAUAUUUAAUUUUGGUCUUUUUAUGUAUGCUACAAGUUCCAAAUGGGAUUGAAGACUUUUAUACUUUUGCUUUUUAUUUUACAAAGUAGAUUAUCUCUAGUGUGUAAUGUCAAGGUGAUUUUGUAAAUACUGCUAUCUGUAUAGCCAAAGAAACCACAUGGAUGCAGAAGAUCAGGUACUCAGUGCUUUUUUUGACUGCUGUACAGUCUUCAAUAACUUGCUUUUGUUACCAGUGCUGAUAGCAGAUAGCUUACAUGUUUUGGUUAAAUAUUCUCUAGAGAUUAAAACAAAUCUUACGAAGAACGUAGUCUAAGGAAGAUUAUAGCCAAACAGUAAGCAUAAACCCCACAGUGUCAGUAAGCAAAAAAUAACCUAGGUUUAGCUGUAAUUAAAAGUAUUUGCUAGAAUAAGAGAUUGGAUCAUCAGGGAUUUCGUUUAAUAAUUCCUUAAAAGAGGACACUUAUUUUUCUUCAUUUAGUUCUCUUGAUGAAAGAUCUUGAUGAUAAUAAGUUUUUUGAAGUUGAUGUAGAUACAAGGAAGAGAAGUUAAAUGUUGCAACAGUUUGGUCAGUUAAUUAAUACCUAUAUAACAUCUGUUAAUCAAGCAGGGUGGUUUUGGUUUGCCAACAGGAUAUAUGUAGGUCCUGUAAUUUCUUGACAGCCAGGACACAUGACUAUUACAAAGCCAUAGUUCACAGGAAUAGUGUUCUGGUUUCUCCUUCUCUGCUAGUGUCAUUCACUGCGCUUUCCAAAGAAAUUUGGAUUUCACAGAUGUUAAAACUGUUACUACUUCUAUGUAUUUUGAUGGAGACUGAUUUUUCCUCAAAAGGAUGUUGUUCUCUGUUAGGAUUGAAUGGGAAACUGCUAAAAUUAUUAAAAGAAAAUGCUUUCUAAAGCAGAACAUAAAGUCUGCAGCAACCCACCUUCUAUGUAAUGAUGCAGUAGUAGUGCACUUGGUGAUUUCUGAUUAUGAUAGCCAACAUUCUUUUUUAUAUAAAAGUGGCAAAAUGAAAGUACUGCAGAUGUAAAUAGAUACAGAUAUAUUACAGGAUGAAACAAUCUCCUCAGUAGACAUAGGCAAGAGCUAGUUUGAAAUCAGUUUCACAAGAAAGUACUACCUAAAGCCCCAAAGCUGCUUGUAUAUGUUAUUUAACAUGCAUUGAUCUUGCAUUGUUGGCAGGGUUCUUUUAUGUGUAUGACUAAGUGGGGUUGUAAAAGGUGUGCCAUUUUCACAAAAAAGCUACAGAGUUUCCUGUGGAAUAGCUAUACUUUCUAGUAGUGAAGUUAGGAGUAGCCAGAUAAAAGACUUGAGAGGGAAUGUUAAAGCUCCAGUAACUUUCUGUGCUGUUACCAGAGUUGCUUUAGAAAAAGGCUGGAACCUGAAUAACUAGGGCAAGCUGCUGCCUUAUUGAGGAUUUGAAUUCUGUUACACCCAUACAGAUAUUGUAAUUAAAAAAUUCACCGUUGAUGAUAUUUUUUAAAUGCUGUAGUAAUCCUGAAGGGGGAAAAAGAAAAAAUCAAUGUUCUACCAGAAUUAAAAGCUGUUUCACAGCUAUUGGCUGUGUUCUGGGCCAUUCUCUUUCUUGUAGGAAGGAGCAUUUAACCUUUUUUUGUAAAUUGUUACUGCUCUUGAGUAUUUUUGGGAAACUGUAGAGCUAAAUUGUGGCUGGCACUGCAUUGUACGUUAAAAUUGAGAGAUUCAAGGUGUUGCACUGGAGCUUCCUGUCAUGAUUAGCUGUAAGAGAUGGGGGAUGAUGCACUACUUAGUGUCCGCAUGUAGGUUGCCACACCCUUUCUCCAGAUGUGGCAUUUGGUAUACAGAAUUGUCCUAUGACUUUUCUUUGCUGCUUGACAUUUCUGUAAUCUUGACAUGAUAAAAAGUCUAAUUUUUGCCCAUAAAGUAUGGAGCUCGGGCAAAACUGUGCUAAGUCAUCACAUCAGUACAGGAAAAACUUCAAUAAUAUCAUUGUUGACGUGAUUACUAGAAAUGGGCCUUCCAAGUAUCCCUUGGACAAAGCAAUACUAGCCAAGAGCCAGAUUAAUUUUCAUUGUGAAACACAGUAGUUUGUUUAGACAGUUGAGCAGGGAUUAAGUUAAUGAACUUAACAGGAUCAGUAUUUCAAACCUGCCUUGUCUUUCCAGUGUAUCUUUUUGGGAGGGUUCAAGUAUAUGUAUUUUUAAAUGUAUGAGAUUUGAGGUUGCCAUUUAAAAUCAGACUUAAUAAGCAAUGUGAUGGUUAGUUAUCUAUUUUUAAAAGUACUUUUCAUUCCAUUGGGCCUCACAAAGGAAUAUGAGUUUAACUGAGGUUUUUGGUCCAGUUACUUGGAAGGUUUUAAACAACUUUACAAAAUGCAUGGUCCGUAAUUAAACAUCUAAUAUCUGCAGAAGCCUUAACUGAAAUGCCUUUGUGCAUUUCCCUACCAUUGUUUUUAAUGCAGUAUUUCUGUGUUAAUGAAAAAACUACAAAAAUGU